CGCCCCCGUUCGGUGCAGGCUGAGCGCGGCGGGGCCGGGCGGCGCCUCCCGUGCGCUCCGCGGGUGGUUCUGCCUCGCUCCUUCCCGGAGCAGCAGCUCGUUGCGAGGAGCGAGGCCCCGGGCGCAGGGCAUGUCCGCCGCGCAGGUGUCCGAGCGGCGGGGUUGGGGCGGCGGAGGCGACGGCCCGGCGGGGAUCAGCCGGUCCCGGCAAGAGGAGGAGCAGCAGCCCCGGCGGCCGGGACACGGCUCGCCCCGCGGGGAGGAGGAGGAGCCCGGCCGGCGGCAGGCGGCCCCCGAAGCCCCGCCGCCCAAGGAGAACCCGUGGACGAGGCGCAGGGCGGCGGAGGACGCCCCGUCCCCGCCUGACCGGGACACAGAACUACAAAAUUCUACUCAAGUUAUAAAAGCAGCGAAACCCAGGACAAGGAAAUACAGCAAGGGAGGUGAUUUUGGUGAUAUCGCGAGCUGGCCGACACCGAGUGAAACAGCAAACAACGAAUGUAAGAGUGUAAGUCACAGUAAGAAGCCAGCAAAUAGAAGAGAAAAGGAGGAGAAAUCUGAUCAAAAAAGCAAUAAUGGAAUCAAGGACAACUCUGAGGCAAAGCCAGAUGGGCCAGGAGAUUGCGUUAGUGAAGAUGAAGCUCAAACUAAUAACCAAAGGAAAAAAGGUAACAAGCAGAAAUGGGUGCCACUUCACUUGGAUGACGUAAGGUCAGAUAGUCAAGAAAGACCAGGCUCUCGAAGUAGCUCAAGAUUUCUGCUGGAAUCAAACAAGUUAAUACCUUAUAACAACAGACGCAAUGAGACAAGAAAUUGGCGUCGUGAUAGAGAAAAGAGAGAUGACCAUGAUGAAGUGUGCAGCGUGAGAAGUGAGGAUGGCAGUGGUCGAGGAUACUCCAGAGGCAGAGGAAGAGGUAGAGGCAGAGGAAGAGGACGAGGCAGAGGAAACCCUAGAAUGAACUUUGAAUAUUCAGUGGAUUACCAAGAAGUGUAUGGGGAAGAAACUGACCAAGUAUUCCAGCCUGAGCUUAAUGCUAGUGUGAUGUAUUACUAUGGUGAUGGAACAGGAGUGCAGAUGUAUUCUGUGGAUGAAGCACUUCUCAAAGAAUAUAUAAAACAUCAAAUCGAGUAUUAUUUCAGCACAGAAAAUUUGGAAAGGGACUUCUUUCUAAGGAGAAAGAUGGACCAGCAAGGAUUUCUGCCCAUUUCACUGAUUGCAAGCUUCCGUCGAAUGCAAGCGCUGACUACAAAUGCUGCACUCAUUUUGGAGGCCCUAAAGGACAGUACAGAAGUUGAAACUGUGGAUCAGAGGAUAAGAAAAAGGGUUGAUCCAGAAAAGUGGCCAAUUCCAGGUCCUCCUUCAUGCAGUCUGCCACCGACUGACUUUUCCCAGCUUAUCGAUUGUCCAGAAUUCGUACCAGGCCAAACUUUCGGCUCGCAUACUGAGUCUGCCCCAAGUUCUCCAAGAAUGAGAAGCCUGCUGAGUCUGAAGGAAAACACCGAAACAUGUAAUUUUCCACCAAUGUCUAAAGGACUGUCUACAAGUUUGCCUGACUUGGACUCUGAACCUUGGAUGGAAGUAAAGAAGAGGCAUCGUGCAUCCACGGUCAAACUAAAGGAAAGUGUUCCCAAUCAAACAUCAGAUCAACAGCAGCCACCCCCACCUCCAGCGGAACAAGAACAAGAAGAACUGGAUUUUUUGUUUGAUGAAGAGAUGGAACAAAUUCAAGGUCGGAAGAAUAAAUUUACUGAUUGGUCAGACAGCGAUUCAGAUUAUGAAAUUGAUGAUCAGGACGUGAACAAGAUUUUGAUUGUAACACAGACACCACCGUAUAUGAGAAAACAUCCUGGUGGAGAUCGCACUGGCAACCAUAUAUGCCGGGCAAAAAUUACAUCUGAACUCGCUAAAGUUAUUAAUGACGGCUUAUACUACUACGAACAGGAUUUGUGGAUGGAGCAGAAUGAAAAUGACACUACAAUGAAGCAAGAGAUUGAGAACUUUAAGAAGCUAAAUCUCAUCAGUAAGGAAGAAUUUGAUGGUCUUGCACCAGAACUAGUUACUGCUCCAACCCAAGAAGUUCCUGCAGGGUUACAGAAAGCAGAAGAGCUGGUUCCUAAUUUGCUAAGUAUUGAAGUACCUCCAACAGAAGCAACAGCUCGAUCACUGCCAACAGCAGUUCCGGAUUCCUCACGUGUUUACCCUGGCUUUACCCCACGAACACCUCGUACCCCACGGCUACAGGAUCCCAACAAAACACCCAGGUUCUACCCUGUUGUUAAAGAAACACGAUCCCUUGAUGUAAAGACACCGAGAAAAAGAAAAACACGACACAGUACGAAUCCUCCCUUAGAAUGCCACGUCGGUUGGGUGAUGGAUUCCAGAGACCACAGACCAAGAUCCUCCUCUGUGAGUUCCAAUGCUUCACCUUCUGAAGGAGCUCCGCUAGCAGGAAGUUACGGGUGUACUCCAAAUUCUCUUCCGAAAUUUCAGCAUCCCUCUCAUGAGCUGUUAAAGGAAAAUGGCUUUACUCAGCAGGUCUACCACAAAUAUCGUCGAAGGUGUCUAAUAGAGAGGAAACGGUUGGGAAUUGGCCAGUCCCAAGAAAUGAACACACUUUUUCGUUUCUGGUCCUUUUUUCUGAGAGAUCACUUUAACAAGAACAUGUACGAAGAAUUCAAACACCUUGCUCUAGAGGAUGCAAAAGAACACUACAGGUACGGAUUGGAAUGCUUGUUUAGAUUUUACAGCUAUGGCCUAGAAAAGAAAUUCAGGCAAGAAAUAUUUGAGGAUUUCCAGGAAGAAACAAAGCGAGACUAUGAAGCUGGUCAGCUGUAUGGACUGGAAAAAUUUUGGGCUUAUCUGAAAUAUUCUCAGCACAAGAUUCCAGCCAUUGACCCCAAACUGCAAGAAUACCUUAGUAAAUUUAAGAGACUGGAGGACUUCAGAGUGGAUCCUCCUAUUAGUGAAGAGUCUGGCAGGAAGAGACCGGUUGCUGCAACAGGUGAGGAUUUGGGUCAUCGCAGACAUCAAUCUAAUUCUUCUAAAACACUUCUUGCCACCAAAUCCACGGCUGCCUGUCGGUCCCAGACACCGGGAAAUGUUACCAAUGGGAAUAUUGCACAAGCAUCCCUAAGCCAUGCAAAUACUGCCACGAAUCCUAUAGAAAGCAAUGUACCGGAAAAAUCGACUUAAAACGAGCUUGCACCCUCCUUGAGAAUCGACUUUUACACCACUCUUUUAAUUUGGAGAUCUUCAAGGCAAGCCAAUCUGACACUUGAUUACAAAUGUAUGGGAGGACAAGGCAUUCGAUUCUCUUUUUCACAGGAUUUAGUUCCAAAACACUUACCCUAGGAGAGUUGCUCUUGGUUUUGGGAUCAUCAGAAGGAUCCUAGGGGGAAGAUUCUUUGGCUUCAGUAUUGCUUUCCUCAAGCUUUUGUUUACAAAGAACUGCAUUCCUUGCAUAUGCAAAAAAAAUACUUUGGGGGAUGCCUUACAUUUCAGCUCACGUUUCUUUAAAAGUUACAACAUACCCACGCUAUUUACUGUGCUUUCUUUACCUGGAUUUUCCCAAUAUUUGUAUUUUACCAAAGCAAAGAAUUACGUUAUGCGUAGAACCUUAAAUGCAAGAAAGGAUCCAUGGGAUUGGUUUGCUCUUGAAUCUAACUCUUAAAAAAUAUGGUUUUGUGCAAACGCACACUUGAGAAUGUGCAGCUAUUCAUGAAACUGCAUUUCUGGAUUCUAUUUAAAGACAUAGUUUCUAUUUUUUCAGGGUCUCCAUAGUUAGUACUUUAUUGAGUAUGGAGUUUGAGUGGACAUAACUGGGAUCGUUGCGCAGGUAUUUCCUUCGGUACUGGUUCUUGAUAACUCGAGCAACAGAAAAAUGCAGGGGCAAAUGGAUCUGUUGAUUUCAUAGUGUCUUAAAUUAACAUGACAGUAUCUAGAGUUUGUUACAAUAGCAAAUUAUUCAAAUUGUUCUCAGUGUGAGAGGCAUCUUCAUUUGAAAGGCUUAAUUUUUAAUAUUUUUCUCCAUAGUUCAAGUAAUAAAAAUGAGUUUGGAGAGAAACAAAGUAUUCCUCGUAAAUCUUAUUUUUUUUCCUUUAUUUUGUAAUAUCUGAAUGAAGUUGUGCUAAGCCUAAAUAAUUUCAUACCAGUUUAAACGCAAUUUCACUGAAAUGUGAGUUAUUCAGAUAUAAAUCUAUUUCUGUGGCUGAAAGAUGGGGAUGUUUAUAUCCCAUAAUUUCUUAUUAACUCCAUUUUUAAAGACUCAGAAAGAAGUGAGCGGGUAACUUACUUCUUCCCAGGGCAGGUGAGAAGAAUUUUUGGUUGGUUAACUGCAGAAAAGACCUCAGUUAACGUUUAAAAAGUCACGUCUCGCAUGAAUGCCUUAAUCUGUAAAGGUGUCCUGCCUGCACAGCCACGUGUGGGGUUUUAAACCAGUAUCAGAUCUCAGAGGUUAUAAGAAGUCCAUUAAUUUUUCAGUCCUUGUCUUGUGAAUCGCAGUGAAACAAACCAAGAAUGUCCGCAGCGUGAAGGAGCAUCUGGUGGUCAUGGCCUUCCCACCAGUCAAUGCAACCUCGGUACGAGAUGGAGCCUUUUGUAAGUGGCCUGUUCGAAAUGAAUUUAAACCAACACAUACCAAUAUUUGAAGUAAUAACCUAUAAAGAUGCUGAAGUGACACAUCUCACCCCUGUGUUUGGUCCAUGCCUUUUGCUAGCCAAGAAAAUGAUGCAAAUGUAAAUUUGGAUUGAAAUUGUAUAUACAAAGUAACAGAUUGAAGAUAUUUCCUUUCACUUUUUCAUUGGAAAAUGUGCAGAUUAAGCUUUCAAUGUGUGUAAUUUUGUGAUAUCUUGACAAAUUUUAUAAAAACAAAACAAUCAAAAAACCCUAAUACUGUUGUAUAUCAA